GUUCACCUCAAACGCAUGUCUGGCAGCUGCAGCUCACACACACACAAACACACACACACACGCUCACACUCUCUCACAGCGACACACACACACACGCUCACACACACGCUGCUCACCGCCGGGCUGGUUAGCAGGUUAGUUAGCAGGGCAGCUAGCAGGUUAGCUGGUUGUGUUAACGGAGCACAGAUGGAGGACUUCCUGUCCAGCUGCCGCCGCGCCGUGCAGGCCAACGCAGACGACCGUCCGGGGUUCCACGUGGUUUUGGGGAAUGAAGCCUGCGACGUCGACUCCAUGGUUUCUGCUCUGGCGUACGCCUACUUCCUGUCCAAGACCGUGGGUGGCGACAUGCUGGCUCUGCCGCUGUUGAACAUCCGUCAGUCGGAGUUGGUGCUGCGGUCGGAUAACGUCUUCCUGCUGCGGCAGUCAGGUGUUUCUACAGACCUGCUGCUGUUCAGAGAUCAGCUGGACCUGCGUGCCUUGCAGCGAGCCGGCCGCCUGCGCCUCACGCUGGUCGACCACAACGUGCUGCCCAGUGCAGACAGCGACCUGGAGGGGGCGGUGGUGGAGGUGAUAGACCAUCACUUCCUGGAGAGAGAGCCCUCCUCCUCCUGCCCCGUUACCGUGGAGACAGUGGGCUCCUGUGCUACCUUGGUAACAGAGCGCAUCGUGCAGAAAGCUCCGGAGAUCCUGGACCAGCAGCUGGCUCAGCUGCUUUAUGCCACCAUCCUGCUGGACUGUGUCAACAUGGCUCCUGCAGCAGGUAAAGUGACUCCUAAAGACAGUCAGUGUGCCGCCCAGCUGGAGCAGCGUUUCCCCGGCCUGCCACCGCGGGGCGCUCUGUUCCAGUCGCUGCAGAACGCCAAGUUCGACGUGUCAGGGCUGAGUACAGAACAGAUGCUGCUGAAGGACAUGAAGUCGGUGUCGGGGGAGCUGAAGCUGGCUGUGUCUGUUAUCUACAUCACACUGGAGGAGUUCCUGCAGCGGUCAGAGCUGGAGGCGGAGCUCUCGUCGUUCUGUCAGAGGCUUGGAUUGGACCUGCUGAUCGCCAUGACGAUCAGCUUCUCUGACAGCAAGGAGCCGUUCAGACAGCUGGCCGUGUACAGCCACAGCGCCCUCUACAGGCAGGAGGUGAGCCAGCACCUGGAACAGGCCUGUAACCCCGCCCUCAACCUUUGUCCAAUCAGCAGCCCCCAUCCUCACAUCACAGCCUAUCACCAAGGUAACACGCUGGCCUCUCGCAAGAAGCUCCUCCCCAUCGUCAAGGACUUCCUGAGGGAACGGAGUGGAGACUGUUGCCGCGGAAACCAGGAGGAGGCGGGGCUGGAGGAGGACUCGCAGGUCCCGCCCACUCCGAUGAACAGCUUGGUGGAGGGCUGCCCGCUGGACGCCGGCCCACCCAGCAUCAGCGCCCUGGCCCUGGAGGAGAAGAUCAGCAAGAUGGCUGACCGCGAGGAGGAGGGGGGCGGAGCUCACUGACGAACUCAGACCGCCGCCGGCCGGUCUGCGACGAGCGCCGCCCAGACAGGAAGUAAAGACGAAGAAGGUAGCCGAGAUGAACGGGACGCUUCGGUCUGAGGUGGGCGGGGCGACACGAGGCUUUUCCAAUCAGACCGCAACCUGCAGGGACAAUCUGACGACGCCUCCCUGUGGGCGUCUCUGACAUCACUUCCUGUCCAGUCACCAAAUCAGAAAAAACAUGUUUCCUCCUGCAGCACAGCGCCUUCUGCUGGCGGAAAACUGUUUCAUCCUGUGACGGAAGAAAUCAUUGUGUCCUUUCUCAGUAAAUUCAGGUCCCGGGUCAGAUGAUUAAGUGAAUCAAUGAAAGUGUAGAAAUGUUAAGAGAGAAAUCAGUGAAGAUUGUUGACUGAAAAAACGGCACGAGCCUCUUUAACCUCCGAACUCCGUCUAAAGCAAAAGGCUGAAAUGUCCCGUGAUUUUUCCCGGACGUGGUUUUAGACGUGCAUGUUCAAACCGGAGCGCCUGAACGUUCAAACUGUGCUUUGGAAAAGUUUCAUGUGAUCAUAUGAGCAGCUAACCACUAGCAAGUUAAUUUAUGAUAAUAAAAUAUUGUUUCAAAACUCCCAA